GCGUCAUUAGCCUAAACCUUCCUCUCACUCUCAGUCUUCACCCUCCAUAUCUUGGGCGGUUUGCCGAGCUGUUUUCUCAACCGGGAUACCGCUUCCUCUGUCUCGCUCUCCUUUUAGACCACUUUCUCUAUUUUUUUUCUUUUCCUUUUUUCUCUCUCUCAGAACUUCCCUAUAUAUAGAGUAUAUUUAUUUUCUUCGUUUUUCUUUGUGAAGCUAUAUUAUCUCUCUCGCUCCUUUCUCUUUCUAGAAAUCAUGAUGGUAUCGUCGUGAAACCGCUUGUCCAUGGCGUUUCACAACCAGCUCUCACAAGAAAUGGCACUACAGCAUUUCACGGAACAACAUUUGAGGGAAAACGCAUCGGUUUUACGAACUAUACUGCCGGACCAUCUCGCACAGUCGUCCCCGGAGGGUGCCGGAAAGGCACCCGAGAAUCAGCAGCAGCCGGUGCAGCUCGGAACUGGACCGACGUGGCUGAACCACGCGAUUCAGCUCCGGCAACAGAGCCAGUACAGCGACAACAAUUUUCUCAACUUUCUGCAGCGGAACACGAACGACGUCGUCGCGGCCGGCGAUGAGGUUAGCAACGAUUCGAUCAUCGCCACGGCGAUGUCGCACGAAUCGGCUGAUUUGGCGAAUAAUAAUAGCAAUAACAGUAACGUGAAAGUCAACAACAGUGGCAAUGGUGCUGAGAUUGCGGAGAGUGGUGAUGGAGCCGUGAAUUGGCAAAAUGCAAGGCAGAAAGCGGAAAUCUUGGCGCAUCCGUUGUAUGAGCAGUUGUUAUCCGCGCAUGUGGCGUGCUUGCGCAUAGCGACGCCGGUGGAUCAGUUGCCGAGGAUCGAUGCGCAGCUUGCGCAGUCGCAACAUGUUGUUUCCAAGUAUUCGGCUCUCGGACAUGGUAAUUCGCAGAUGCUUGGUGACGAGAAGGAGCUUGAUCAGUUCAUGACACAUUAUGUUCUAUUGCUUUGCUCCUUUAAAGAACAACUGCAACAACAUGUUCGGGUCCAUGCAAUGGAAGCAGUAAUGGCAUGCUGGGAGAUUGAACAAUCCUUGCAAAGCUUAACAGGAGUUUCACCAGGUGAAGGCACAGGUGCAACAAUGUCUGACGACGAGGAAGACCAGAUAGAUAGUGAUGCCAACUUGUUUGAUGGAAGUCUGGAGGGUGCAGACAGCAUGGGAUUUGGUCCUCUUGUCCCUACAGAGAGUGAAAGGUCCUUGAUGGAACGAGUGAGGCAAGAGCUGAAGCAUGAACUGAAACAGGGGUACAAGGAGAAAAUUGUGGACAUAAGGGAAGAAAUUUUGCGCAAAAGAAGAGCAGGAAAACUUCCUGGUGACACUACUUCUGUCUUAAAAUCUUGGUGGCAAUCACAUUCUAAGUGGCCAUACCCUACAGAGGAGGACAAGGCAAAGCUGGUACAAGAAACAGGCUUGCAACUAAAGCAGAUAAACAAUUGGUUCAUCAAUCAGAGGAAGAGAAACUGGCACAGUAACCCUUCUACUUCCACUGUUUUGAAGAGCAAACGCAAAAGUAAUGCAGGUGAAAACAGCGGUGGUGAUCGGUUCAUGUAAAUGAAGAGGGAAGUCCUAGAAUCAAAUUCAGCUCAUGCUCCACGUGGGUUAUAUAAAUCCGACAUCAUACUACAUAGAAAUGUAACGCUAUAAGGAUGCAUGAAAACAAUAUGAUGAUCAAGUGAAGAACCAUUCUUUUGCUUCUACAAUUUCAAGCUAACGCAGUGGAUGAGGUAAGGUGGUGAUGAUGAUAUAGGUAUAUGCUCUUCAAGGCAUGCAGAUGGUGUAUUAAUCCUUAUGAUUAGGAAGCUAAGAUUUUAAGAAAAUAUCACUCAAACCAAUUUCAUUUAUGAUUUUUGUUUCCUCUAUUCAUAGUUGAGAAUAAUCAUAGUGAUUGGGGUGUCAGUGUACAGUGUAAUAAUAAUUACCUCUUGCAUGGCUCCUAAUAGUACUGGUGAUUAUAGUUUUUAUGGCAUUGUAGUAUAGUAAUAAAUCUGCUGCAGAAUUGGUUACAUAUAUGUAACAUAUGAUCUUUGACACCAUAAUGAAUAGCAGUAAGUAUUCUCUGCUUUUUUAUUAACA